CGUUUUUUUAAAAGAGAGAAAAUUGGUUUUUCCGACAUGGUGACUUCCGGGAGGGCCGGUUUUUGAAAACGGGGAAGAAAAUAAGUGGAUUUUAUGCGCGGAGGGAAGGAAGUACCUUCGCAUUGGGCCAGCUGGCCCUGCUCUGGUCAACUAGAUUCCAUUUGGUGAACCGGUCGAGCGUUGGCAGCCAUGGCCGGCAGCAGCGGCAGCAGCAUGCGAGACCCUGGCCUCUCUCGCAUGAGCAUUGCCUCCCAAUUCUUCAGUGGCGAGGAGGCUGCAGGGAUAGAUACCAUGACAACCUCUGAGCGGGUAGUGGAUUUGCUCAAUCAAGCUGCCUUAAUUAGCAACGACUCUAAAAUCACUCUCCUCAAGCAGGUCCAGGAGUUGAUAAUAAACAAGGACCCCACAUUACUGGACAACUUCCUAGACGAGAUCAUCACCUUCCAAGCAGACAAAUCCGUUGAAGUGCGGAAGUUUGUGAUUGGGUUCAUUGAAGAAGCCUGGGGACAAACUGUGGGGAGGGGCUGUGUUGGAAGGGAACAGGUCCGCCAGCAGGCGCUGUUGUUCAUCAAGCGGAUGUACGAGAAGGAUCAGCUGCGGGAGUACGUGGAGAAGUUUGCACUGAAUUACCUGCAGCUCCUGGUGCAUCCCAACCCUCCCUCGGUCCUUUUUGGAGCAGACAAAGACACAGAGGUGGCUGCACCUUGGACCGAGGAGACCAUCAAGCAGUGUCUCUACCUCUACCUGGCCCUGCUCCCCCAGAAUCACAAGCUGAUCCACGAACUGGCAUCUGUAUACACCGAGGCUAUCGCCGAUAUCAAGCGCACGGUCCUCCGGGUUAUCGAGCAGCCGAUCCGUGGGAUGGGGAUGAAUUCCCCAGAGUUGCUGCUUCUGGUUGAAAAUUGUCCCAAGGGGGCUGAGACCCUGGUGACCCGCUGCUUGCACAGCCUCACAGAUAAAGUUCCCCCGUCUCCGGAGCUGGUGAAGCGUGUUCGAGACCUGUACCACAAGAGGCUUCCAGACGUCCGGUUCCUUAUCCCUGUCCUCAACGGCUUGGAGAAGAAAGAAGUGAUCCAGGCUCUGCCAAAGCUCAUCAAGCUGAAUCCCAUCGUUGUGAAGGAGGUGUUCAACCGCUUGUUGGGAACACAGCACGGUGAGGGCAACUCGGCGGUUUCUCCACUGAAUCCUGGAGAGUUGUUGAUCGCCCUCCACAACAUCGAUUCCACAAAGUGUGACAUGAAAUCCAUCAUCAAAGCCACCAACCUGUGCUUUGCCGAGCGCAACGUCUACACGUCGGAGGUGCUGGCUGUGGUGAUGCAGCAGCUGAUGGAACAGAACCCGCUGCCCAUGCUCCUCAUGCGGACGGUGAUCCAGUCGCUGACCAUGUACCCACGCCUCGGCGGAUUUGUCAUGAACAUUCUUUCCCGCCUCAUCUUGAAGCAGGUCUGGAAGUACCCCAAGGUGUGGGAGGGCUUCAUCAAGUGCUGCCAGCGGACGAAGCCCCAGUCCUUCCAGGUCAUUCUCCAGCUGCCGCCUCAGCAGCUCAACGCCGUCUUUGAGAAGUGCCCAGAGCUGCGGGAGCCUUUGCUGGCUCACGUCCGCUCCUUCACGCCCCACCAGCAAGCCCACGUGCCCAACUCCACGAUGGCCAUCCUGGAAGCCAGUGGCAAGCCAGACCUGGAAGGGAAAGACCCGCAGCUGCUGGAGGAAGCGAGGGGCCCCGUCCCAUCAAGGAGCAGCAAGGGGCUGCGGAGGGAGAGAGAGGAGGGGGCCCAGAUGGGGGCACCUGCCGUCAUUGCCGUGAAGGAAGAGGCGGAGCCCCAUCCCCUCCUGCCUCGGGUGUCCCAGGAUAUGAUUGCCCUGCGCUUGGCCCAAGAAAAGGCCCUCAAGCGCCAGCUGGAAGAGGAGCAGAAGCUGAAGCAGCAGCAGCAGCAGCAACCACCCCGCCCAGCAGCCCCACUCACUCCGCUCCCGGCAGAGGAGUCUGUGGACUUCCGCGAGGAGGUGCCUGAGGCAGAGACUCCCACCAUCUUCAUCAGCAUGCAGGAGGAGGAGGAGGAGGAGAGCUUCGGAGCAGAGAGCUCUCUGCUGGAUUCCAGCCUGGAGGGGCCUUGGCCCACAAAGGAGCUACAAAGCAAGGAAGGAAGAGCCAGCAGCAGCAGAAGCAGCAGCAGCUCCGACGAGGGACCCGCCAGCAAGCCAGCCGCCGCCAAGCAAGUUGCCCUUUCUCCGGAGGAGCCAGCAAAGGACACUCCGACUGCUGACCCUAGCUCACCUGCCCCAGAGGAGGAACAGCCAAAGCCCAGCGUAGAGCAAGAGAAGAAAGCAGAGAGCUAAUACUUCAGAAAAGUAGAGGCCCCAAAGAAGUCUGGACGGGAGACAGACUUUGGAAUGUGGGGAAAGUUGAGCCAGCAAAAAAAGGUGUAAUGGAAAGAGAAAAUUUAAAGUUUUAUGUUUCUAAAUAAAGAAUCUCAGAGUCUCUCAGCUGA